CCUCAGGCUCGGGCGCGACAUGGCGGCGGCGCGGGCGCUGCAGCCGUCGCUGCUCGGGCUGCUGCUGCUCCCGGCGCUGCUGCUGGCACUGCUGCCGGGCCCGGCGGGGGCCGUGUGGCCGCAGCCCCAGGCCCAGAGGUCCCCGCUCGGCGGCGGCCGCUGCCUGGUGCCGGCCCGCCGGUUCCGCUUCGCCGCGGCGAACGGCUCGGCCGURGGGCCGGGCUGCGCCGUGCUGGACGCCGCCUUCCAGCGGUACUGGCCGCUGCUCUUCGGCCUCCUCACUGGUGAGGGCCGCCCCACUGAGAAUGAACUGUCCUGGGAUGCACCCUGCAGUGAGCUGCUGGUCUACAUUAACACACCGGGCUGCGAUGGCUUUCCCAGCCUSGACUCCAAGGAGAGCUAUAAGCUGUCCGUCUCCAAAGGCUCCAUGCUGCUCUCCGCAGACACCAUCUGGGGAGCUCUCCGAGGCCUGGAAACAUUCAGCCAGCUCAUUGGGAGAGACAAGAAUGGCACGUACUACAUCAAUGAGACAGAAAUCGUGGACUUUCCCCGCUUCCCUCACCGGGGACUGCUGCUGGACACCUCUCGACACUACCUGCCUCUGAGAGCCAUCCUGGAAACUCUGGAUGUCAUGGCUUACAACAAGUUCAACGUGUUUCACUGGCACAUUGUGGAUGACCCAUCUUUCCCGUAUGAGAGCUCCACAUUCCCAGAGCUCAGCAAGCAGGGAGCCUUCAACGCCAUGACCCACGUGUACACAGCCAGCGACGUGCGCACCGUGAUCGAGCACGCGCGGCUGCGCGGCAUCAGGGUCAUCCCUGAGUUCGACACCCCCGGCCACACCCUGUCCUGGGGGCCAGGUGCUCCAGGCCUCCUGACUCCCUGCUAUUUGGGUGCAACUCCUUCUGGAGUCUAUGGGCCCAUCAACCCCAUUGUUAACAGCACCUACCAGUUUGUGACCAGUUUGUUCCAAGAGGUCAGCUCUGUGUUCCCAGACUUUUUUCUGCACCUUGGUGGUGAUGAGGUGGAUUUCACAUGCUGGAAAUCCAAUCCAGAAAUCCGUGCUUUCAUGAGGGAGAUGGGCUUUGGUGAAGAUUACAAAAAAUUAGAGUCUUUCUACAUCCAGAGGCUUCUGAACAUCGUCUCUUCCCUUGGUAAAGGUUAUAUUGUGUGGCAAGAGGUGUUUGACAACGAUGUGAAGCUGAGGCCUGACACCAUCAUCCACGUAUGGAAGGAGAACGGCAUGCUGUACCUGAACGAGAUGGCCAAUGUCACCAGGGCUGGCUACCAGGCUCUGCUCUCUGCACCCUGGUACCUCAACCGCAUCUCCUACGGGCAGGACUGGAUAGAAGCCUAUAAGGUGGAGCCGUUGAACUUCCCAGGCAGCCCUGAGCAGAAGGCCCUGGUGAUGGGUGGCGAGGCCUGCAUGUGGGGUGAAUACGUGGAUGUCACCAACCUGACCCCCAGGCUCUGGCCGAGGGCUGGGGCUGUAGCUGAACGACUCUGGAGCAACGAGACUGUCGGGAAUGUGGAAGAUGCGUAUGCCCGGCUGGCAGAGUUCCGCUGCACCCUGCUCAGGCGUGGUGUCCAGGCGCAGCCUCUCUUCAUCGGAUACUGUGACCAAGAAUUCAGCGGGGCUUGAAGGGAGAGCCCCGCUGCACUCAGUCUGUGUGCACACAGGAGGAAUGUCUGCCCCAAAAAGGGCAGAGGGACCCCUUCCCACCCCACCUUCUCUGGCUUGGUUGCAAUGAACAUUUUUUUUGCCUCAGCAUGCACUCUGCCUCUUACUCUAUUUUUAUUUCUUUAAGUCUAUAAAUAAAUGACCCCAAAGAGGAAAAAGGUGCCUAUUCCUGCUCAGCUGGGGCUUGGGAGACGGUGCAAGGGUUAUUGUUAGUUGGAGAUGGGUAGGGCUUGCUCCAGAGAUGCUGGUGGAGAGGCACCAUCCCCUCGACUCUGGAGCUUGCAGGGUGGCUGCUCAGCUGGCUCAACUGUGCUAAGCCUCUGCUGCUGUGCUAGGGUUUGCUUCUGCAGUCACUGUCCUUGUCCCUCCUCUCUCCUCUGAUGGCCAGGCCAGCGAGUCACCACCUCUGCUGCCCAAAACCGUGGCUGCUGCCACCUCCUCUGCCUUGUCCUCAGCAGAUGACACCCUGGAGCCUCUCCUAGGAGUCCUUGCAAAUCUGCUGAGUGGUGCAUGGAUAUUACGGAAUCUCUGCUCAGCUYUUUGGGCUGUAACCUCUCCCUGGGAUUUGGCCAACUGACCCAUCCUUCUCGUGCUCUGUUGUCCUCAGGGUGAGGAGCUCAGCUCCAGGUCUGCACCAUCCAGAAGGGAUGGUGUUUUCCUCGGAGAAGAAACCAGUAAUGCUGCUAUCCCAUAGAACUGGGACAGGUGUGAUUGUUGUCUUUAGAUGGUUGAGGUUUCUGUGCUGGGAACAACGUUCAGCAGAAAUCAGGGAAUCUCUCGGGGAGAGAUCCUGGCUGCAUGGGRCUGUUGUAUGUGUGUCUUGGUCUCAACUGAGUGAGAUGUGCUGUUACAGCUGGAAACAUUUUAUGAUUGAACUUUAAAUUAAAA